AGUAAGUUUUUUUGUACAGAUUACCAAAUAACGUGUAAAUAACACAAUCCAAUGGCAUCAGUUCAUGGCUUAGAUAAACUACACCAAGCAAUUACAGAAGCUUUGGAAUUUGAAAAAUGCUGUAUAUGUUUGGAAAAGCUGCAAAAAUGCGUGAUUCUCUGGCCAUGUUCACACCGAUUUUGCAACGACUGCAUCUUGGCAUAUCUUGUGAGCGUUCAUGGUGACAAGAUACCUUGUCCUUUGUGUAAGAGGCUUACUACUCGGCGAAGUAUUCUAAAUUUUCAAGACAGGCAACAAGAAUUUGAAGACAGUUUACAAACUCUUAUAGGAAACAUCAGUCUUGAUCUUGGAUUUGAUAUUACAAGCGUCCAACCAUUUAAAAAAACUAAAGUAACAUCUGAUGACAAAAAUAAAAUCAGAGUACCGUCACCUGUGAGGAGAACCAGGAGUAAAUCUUCAAGAAACAUUCAUAAUGAGCAGAAAACUAAUACAAUCAAUUGUGGGAAUAAAAGAUCCACUGAAAGUCCAGUCAAUGCACAGGAUUUUAAGUCACAAAAUAUUUCACUGUGUUCAGUGACAUUGCAUGAUGUUAUUAAAAACAUGAGUCCACAAAGUGAAAAAGUUAAUCAAUGGCUAAACAGUACACACUUCUCUCAGGGGGAAUCACCAAACAUAUCAAACACUGUAGUAGCAGAUGUUCACGAAUCUGAUUUGGAGUCUCCUAUGUUCUCAGACGAUCAGUUAGUCUCGGUAUCUCAAGUUGAAUCGAAAACUAUGAAGAAAUCCUGCAAAAAGAUACAGAAAUCUCUUAAUGUUUCUUCUGAUAUUAAUGCAAUAAAGCCUUUUGAUGAAACAUACAAAAGCAAAAGACUUAAAAAAUCUUUUCAAGACAAAAGUAAUGAAGAGAGUUACAAAAGUGAAAAGUUUGAUCAACUUUUAUGUCCAGAGAAAAAAAUAUCAAAUUAUUUCAGAAACGUAUCAACGUAGGAACUUGCGUGAGAGAAAGUGUACAAGAGGAAGACGUUUUGAUAUAGAUACUAAUUUAUUUAAGCCUGACGAAAACAACACUGAAAAAGGCAAAAUGUCGGAUUCUGAUAAGCAUGAAGAUUCAUCAGAGAAAUCUUUGGAAGAUUUUUCUUCAGGAAGUGGAGAGGAAUGGGAUGCUGAAGAAGAAUCAAAUAAAGGUCUUUCGAGUAAAAAUAAGAUUUUAAAAAAUAUUAAAAGAUUAACAAAAUCUAAGGACAAAAGUAUUGGUUCGGAAAAUCAAGUUUUAAAAAGAGUAAAUAAUAAUAACAUGAAAAUCGCUAAAAAUAAAAAAUCUAAAACAUUGUUAACAAAUAACAAAUGUCUGGUGAAUUUUCUAAAUAAUAAUAAUGAAAAAGACAAGUUAAAUAAGGGCAAAAUAAACAGUUCCACCAACAAUUAUAACAAAACUGAGAAUGAUUCAACAAAAAGUGAUGAAACUGUCAAAAGAAUUAUAGAUGAUUGGGAUGACUAUAAACGCACAAACAUCUUAAACAUGCCUUCUCUUAAUGAGAUUCAAUCUAGAAAUGUAAGAACACAUGUACAAUCUAACACUUCAGUGGAGCUUACGCCUGUUAAACAAGAUAAUCAACGCUCUCCUGGUUGGUCACGACUAAAAAAUACAAAGAAAGAAUUCCAUAUGUCUGAGAGAAAAAAACUUAGUUUGAAAACCCUAAGUAAGUCCAAUUCUACAAUAUCCACUAAUAAAGCCUCACCAUUAAAUAAAGGUAACAAUAGUUUUGACGAUAUAAAUCAGUCUUUUAAUGACAGAAAAGAAAAUAAAGUCAGUGAUCCUUUAAUUUCUCAAUGUAAGGGACUUUUAAACAAGGUAGAAAAAGAAGAUGUAAUGCUUAAAGAACAAACAACCACCAUUUCCUCAGCAGUUGAUGAAACAUUUCCAAAAAUAAAUAGUGACGAAAGUAAAUCACUUUCAAAUUCAGAUCCUUUAUUCAAGGGAUUUUCAACUCAAGAACAAAAUAAGUCAGAUUUGAAAAAAUUGGAAAUGUUAAAUGUAGAAAAAUGUGGUGAAGCACCAAUAACAAAUAAAAAGACUGUUCUUUCAGAAAAUAUUCAUUCCCAAGUUGAACUUUCUACUGGCUUAGUCAGUCAGGAAAAUUUGGAAAAUGACUUGCAUAAUGCUAAUUCCAAAACUUCAUUCAUGGAAGUAGAUGCAGAACAAGAUUAUAGAAUUGAAGUACGGUCUCCAAAAAUCAGUGGACAAAAAAAUUGUGUUACUGAUAAAAAAUUAGAACUAGCAAUUAAUAGCAGCUGUAGAAAUUCAAAUGGAGAAACUGAGCGUAAAAUUGUAUGUGUUAAUAAUGAGCAAAUCAAUCCUCAACAAAUUAAAAUGAUGAAAAGAGAUAGAGAUCCUGACUUACACAAUAGCAGUUCAUCAAUUUGUUCACCUGAGCGGAAAAGAAAGUGUCAAGAUGCAGGAGUGCAGACCAGUCCUGGUCGAAUGCAAUCCCUAAUUCAAGAUAUCCUCAAAAAUAUAUGGGGAAUAGAGGCUGAACAAAAACUAGCUAUAAUUUGCAAUGGAAGCAAUAGAAAGUUGCAUUUUGAUGAAGAUAAUUUGCAGUCGACAUCUUCUAAUGUUCAGAAUAAAUCAUGUGGUAAAGAUGAUGAGGAAUCGAACAACACUAUGACUCAAUAUGCAAGAAAUUCAAAUGAAAAUCUAAGUUAUUCCAAGAAAUGUCAAAACGAUUCAGACUUUGUUUUAGGGACUGAAAACAUAGAGUUUUCUUUAAGUAACAUUUUGAAUAAACAUUGUAAUAAAGAAGCACGUGAAAUUGGAAGUGCUAUGGAUAGUUCCAACAUUCUGAAAGAAAAGAGUGUAUUAACUAAUAAUGAUGUUGAGGUUGAUCCUGAUGCUCCCACCCAACCAUACAAGACCCCUGUUGUACCCAAGCGGCCAUUUGUAACUUCCACUUCAAACGUGUAUUCGGCUGUGUCAAACCCUACAGAAAGUGAAUUAAAAAGAGUAAAUGAAAUAUUUGAAAAUAAUGAUGUAUUAUUCCCAGACGCUACUCCAAUAAAAGCAACACCAUUGAACUGUUCAGGCAUUGGUCAGUUAGAAUCUUUUACUACAAAUUUGAACAAGCAACUUGACAGCUUCAGUCAUUCACCAUCGAAAGCUUGUAAAGAAAAAUCAAAUAAGAGUAGACGACAGUUGGAUUUUCUUGUUGAUGAUAAUACCAAUUCAAAUGAUAUGUUUACUGCAGAGCAUUUGGAAGAGAUGCCUGGUAAAACAAAACCAAAACCCACAAAAGAUUCACAAAACUGCAAUACACACAAUAGUGAAAUUAUUUCAAUAGUUAAUGACUCGAAAAAAGAAAGUCUUUGUAUAUCAAUGGACAAAGAAAAUGUCAAUGAUAAUAUAACUGAAAAUGUUUCAUUAAAUAGUGAUUCUAUCAUAUUAAAAGAGGAUGAUAAAUUUUUCACCAAACAAACAAAAUAUGACAUUACCAAGUUAAGUCAAGAUCAAGUAAUUUCUUCACAGGUGAAUGAUUUAAUGAAGUGUAAUGAGACUUUGACUGAAACCCCAGAUAUUAUACUUCCUACUGAAGAGCAAGAAUGUUCUAGAAACCCUGAAUUAAAAGUCACAAGAGGCCAGGUUACUCUCACAUAUAAAAAAAAAGAGCAAGAAUGUUCUAGAAAACCCUAAAUUAAAAGUCACAAGAGGCCAGGUUACCAUCACAUAUAAAAACAAAGGCUCUCAAAGACAUGUCCUCUCAUCACCUAUGGAAAACUCAAAUAACGAGGAAAAACUGGACAAUAACAAAAAAGACUCGAAUGUUGAUUCACCUACAUUUAGUCUAGGACAGUUAGUUGAACAUCAGGUUACAAACCGUUUACAAAAAGCAAUAGUUGAAAGUACAGAUAAACUAGACAAAGACCACAGAAAUGAGUUGCAGUACAACAAUUCGUUGGUAGCUUCUAAUAAACCUGAAUCAACAGUGGAUCUUCAAGGAUGUCAAGAUGAAGAACAAACUCCGAAACAUAACUUAAACAUGUUGGAUGAUGGACCUAUGUCCCCUGAUGAGGUGUCAAAUGCUUCCAGUGAGGAUUUAUUUGUUGAGGGGACACCAUCACAGAUAAAAACAUAUGUGAAUCAUAAAAAGCAGAAUCAAUGUGAAAUGCUUGAAGAAUCAAACAAAGUGGAUUCUACAAACCUCACUGAAAAAUUUAGUGAGAAACCAGUUCAUUCAGUUUCAAACAAUUUUGAACAACAUUCUGUAACAGAGAGCACCAACAUGGAGCAUGAACAUAUACAAAAAGUUACCACUAGAACGGAAAAUACUGAAAAUAAAAAUUGUGAUCAAAGUGAAAUAGUCGAAAGUUCACAAAGUGAAACUGAUGAAAGUGAAAAUUACUGUUUUUCUUCAUCACUAUUAACUCCUCAUCAAAACCAAGUACUCGGCUACGUACUAUCAAAUCUAAAUAUUCCGUUCUCCAAAACGGUGGGCAAUCAUAUUUCUCACCUUAUUGUUUCAAACUCAGGAGGAUAUGCUCAGCAUUCGCACAAGUUUCUUCUAGCUAUGGCUUUGCACAAACAAAUUAUUAAGUAUGACUGGAUUGAACAAGUAAUCAAGACACGGAGGCUAGUACCGCUGGAAGACUACCUGGCAGUUGACCGUAAUGGCGUGUGCGGAGUUUUGAGGGCCAAAGAAGAUGUAAAGAGAGAACUUUUGCAAAAUUUUGCAAUUCAUAUUUACAACACUAUAGACAAAGAAAUACAAAGGCAUCAGAUUGAGGAAAUAAUAACAUUAUGUGGAGGCACUUUGGUCACAGAUCUCCAUCAGUUCCCUGCAGUCUCCAGGAGCAUGACCAGAGUCAUUCUUUUGUGCAAAUAUGUUGAAGUGAAUAGUGAAGCAGAGGAACUUUUAAAAUGCAGAGACAUGUAUAAAGCUCCACUGGUAGAAGUGUCUUGGCUCUAUGACACCAUUAGUCAAUACAGAGUGCUGCCUUUGGAAGAAUACAUUAGCAUGCAAUCUACCUCUUCCUAACUAUCAAGUCACCAAGAAGACGUCACUGGUCAGGUUUUAGUUUAGCAUACAUUGUAGCAAGAACUAGACUAUAUACGAGUUCUUGGAAUCUCAUGGCUGUAAUGUAUUGUCAUUGUUAAUAUUGUGCAAUUUUUGUCACUGUAUAUAGAUAGACUUUUCCUACAACUGUGAUAGAUAAGAGUGGGUUUGUAUGAAUUUCAAAUUCACCUAAAAAGGGAAACCUACUAAAUAUAUUCUAGAUAAUACUUUAACACGUUCGAUGCUAAAAAUCCCUUCAGUAUAUGCUGAAAUUUUUAAAAUAUAUUUCUACUUACUUUUGGAUGAAAUAUGAUAAAAAUAUAUGAAAAUUACUCAUUAGUCAUUAAAAUUAUCACUCUCCACUAUUUUGGGAAUGCGGUAACUGUGGUUACCGCUAGCUCCUGAGGACAGUCUUCCUUGCCAGCUGGUAACUUUAUUUACCGCUUGCACUAGGGAACACCCUUUUAUACAUUGUAGCUAAAUGAACUGUAUUUUAUUCAUUUAAACAAACAUAAAUAAUAUUUAUAUGUAAAUGUGUAAACCAAAUUGAAUGUAAAAGUUUAUAUACAUCUCCGCUAAAUCACUCAAAUUCAGUUAUUAUUUACAAAU